AUGUUCACCUCAACUCUCCUGCCUGAGAGUCGUCGUAUCCUAAUCGAACAUCAAUUAUGGUCAGAAUUCACCAACACCGAGGACGUUCCAUCCAUAAAAUACAAACAUUUUGAUGAACCUUUGAUCGAAGUCAACGCUAAAUAUUUUGAUGCAAAAAGAUUGGCAUUUUUGGCUUCUGUCAACAAGAAGUACCAGCGAAUGUGCAAUGUUUAUUUGAGCAAAUUCAUUUUUGAAGUCAUUGCUAAUGGAAAUGAUGGUAAGUUCUUGAUGAAAUGGCUUUUUAGGGUAAAAUACGAAAUGCGGCCUAGACAGUAAUGUAUAAAUUUGGUCUAAAGCUCCUUUUUAUACCUAAAACCUCAAUAUACCAAUAACAAAAUAAAAAAAUUUCAGAAUCCUCAGCCCAUAUUGUGCUACAAAACAAAAAUCACACAAUAUACUGUGCUUUCAACGACCUCAAAGUCUUACGAACAGCCGGUUUACUAAAAUGGAAACCUCAUUCUCUUCAAAUCUUUCAUGACUUUUCUUUCCCUGAAUGGACUAUCUAUACUAGCGAGUUUACGGGUAAGUAGUCUACCAUAACCUAUCAUGAAUUAUACUAUCUAUAAUAUAAGCUAAAAUUGCUUUUAAGACAGGGUAAAGUGCAGCUACUAGGUUGUUCAGAUGAUUAUGUAAACCUCAACACCAAAAAUUUGACUUGCACGAAUUAUUUGAACAAACUAAAAUAAUAGCUCUACUCCACCGUGUCCUAAAGGCAAUUAUAACCUACAUAAUCUUUCUCUACCACCUCGUCCUAUAUAAAGUAAAUCUACCCUACCCUCUACGACACUAUCCUCAAGCGUACCCUACUCAGCCACUUUUCCAUCCUGCUUUACUUUACCUUCUCUGUCCUAUACUAUAAGAUCUAGAAGUUUAAUAAAUGUAUUUUAGAGCUAGAACAACUAUCGAUAGUACCAGUCCAUCCAGCCAAUCCAGAACUAAAAUCAAUUCUCAACAAUGCCACCCAACUGAUAACCAAUUCAGCAAAAACUCUACAAAAACUCAGAUGUAAUCAAGCCAUUUUGAAGCAUACAAACUUCCCAGCAAUAAGCCUCAAAUAUUGUGGAUCACCGGUUCUGAGAAUUAGUAAGUCUAACCUACUAUGAUAUACAAAAAGUAAUAUCAACCAUAUUAUUAGGUUAUUCAAGUAAUUAUGUGCCCCUUCUCAUAACAAAAUUUCGAGGUUAGGAGACACAGAAUUAUUUGAACAAGCAACUAUAAUAUAAAAAAAAGUAAUGUGAAUUCCACUAUGAUAUAGCAAUAUACAACGAAAGCGAGCUAUACUAAAUUUAGAAAAAAAAACUUUUAAAAUUUUAAAAAUCCUAAUUUUCUCAUUUUCAGACGGCAAGAUCUAUGGUAUUCGACCACCAAAAAGCGAAGAUCUUUCCGACUCACAAACACAAUUCUCACUGUUAGGAAGAACACGAGAAGUGGAUGAAGUUCGACCAGUCGAAACCUUAUUUGCUCGAAAUAUUGAAGACUUUGAUCUGGAAGCUCAUUCCUACAGCACUUUUUCACAAUUAAGGUAAGUUUUUAUUGAGGAAGAUAUAAAACUAGCCUAUAAACAGCCCAUAAAGCAGCAUAUGAAACAGAUACUUAAGUAUUGAAAAAGUACUGUAGGUUGUAACUGUAGCCUUAAAACUAAAAAAAAAGUUUUAGACAAGACUUCAAGCUAAAUCCGAACAUAAAGAUGCUCAAAUUUGGCUGGGAAUCAGACGAACCAAACAAAACUGGUAGAAUCAUCAGCACAAUAGAAAACCAUAGUAAAACUGUAGAAGAAAUCAUCUUCAAUGACACUCAAGUUGUAAGUUUUUAAAGUCGUUAUUAGUUUGUUUAAAUAAUUAUGUGCCCCCAAAACUUGGAAACUUGCGAUGAGAGGGGCACAGAAUUAUUUUAACAACCUAAUAUUAUAACUGUACAUCAAUUUAUUGCCUUUUAAUAUUAUUCGAAAGCUAUAAGGAUAGGUAUAAACAAAGAAAAUUCCUAAAUUUGUUACCUAAACCCUUCUCUUCCAGACACCCUCCCACCUGAAAGACUUUGACUACACUCAACUCCUAAAAUACGCCAAGAAAUUCAAAGAUUACACAGAAAUGGUAGCCAAUUCAUCGAUAAAAAUUCAAUUUCAAGUCGAUUUCUGGCUGAUCCAAACAAAACAACACUUUCUACGAUUCCAACACGAAAACGGGCUCUAUUCGAAACAAAUCGCAAUCAACUACAACAACACGGGUCUUACUGUCACAUGGUAUGGUAACAAUUACUCAGUGAAUUUGAACGAAUUCGACGACCACGAUCUCAGCAGAAAAGUACAAGUCUUUGAAAAUACAUUGAAAUCCUCGGUUGAUGCCAAAAAUAUACCUAAUGGUCCUUUCAAGCCUAAUUAUCUUUGA